AUGGGCGAGAUUAUUGAUGAAAAGGCUAGCUCACGGGAUACCUCAGGCAUUCCUCGUAAACGCAGCAACUCAUCCAAUGGCGAUAGAGUAGAUACAAAGAAAUUUCUGACUGCUACACCACCGCUCUCUUCAGGCUCCAGUUCCAGUUCCAACCCUAACCCCAACCCACAUACCAGCUCUUCUAGCCAUAAAUUUAGGGAAAUGAGUAACUUGAGUAAGUAUCAAGUUAUACAAAAGCUUGGACAGGGAACCUUUGGUGUGGUACAGAAGGCAAAAAAUGUCGAGUCAAAUAAACUUGUGGCAUUGAAGCAGCUACUCAACCAUUCUGCCAAGGAAGGAUUCCCUAUAACGGCGAUGAGAGAGAUAACAAUAUUGAAACAAUUACACCAUAAAAAUAUCCUCGAAUUGGUUGACAUGGUAUAUGAAUCUCCCAAAAUAUCGAAUCCUCUGGAUGUGAUUCACCAAAGGGGUUGUUUUUAUACAGUUUCUCCUUAUAUGUGUUCGGACCUUGUAGGGUUGCUAAAGAACCCAAACGUGCACUUAGAGGUUCCCCAUAUCAAGUGCUUCAUGCAGCAGCUACUCAGAGGGAUCCAGUAUAUCCAUAAGCAAAAGUUUCUACACAGAGACAUUAAAGCUGCCAAUAUUUUAGUUGACUUUGAUGGGAUAUUGAAAAUUGCGGAUUUUGGGUUAGCAAGGGUGUAUCAUGGCAAGGUACCGAAACUAGGUUCAGGUCCUGGAGGUGGUGAAAGAAUGUAUACGGGCUUAGUUGUAACCAGAUGGUACAGGCCACCUGAAUUAUUGCUAGGAGAGAAGAAGUACACUACAGCUGUUGACCUCUGGGGAAUAGGGUGUGUAUUCGGUGAGUUGUUUACCCACCAACCAAUAUUGGUAGGCAAAUCUGACUCGCACCAGGCCCAGUUGGUAUUUGAAUUGGUAGGAGCACCAACCACGAUUGCAUGGCCCGAGGCUAUUAACUUGCCUAAUAAAGCUGAUUUCAGCAUUGGUAUUACAUGUAAGAGAUCGUUGGAGAGCAGGUUUUCCAAGUUAAUCACGCCCGAUGGAAUCAGCUUGUUAUCUGGUUUACUAGAAUUGGAUCCGUAUAAAAGAAUGAACGCCUUAGACGCAUUGGACCACGAGUACUUCAGGAAUGAGCCCUUGCCUAUGAAACCUGGCGAGUUGCCUAAGUUUGAGGAAAGUCAUGAAAUAGACUCUGAGAGAUUCAAGAUGAUGAAGCAGGCACCGAGCCACUCAAAUUUGACUCGUCCAAGUGCUAGUGCACCGUUUCCACAAAGAAACCACCAUACUUCCAAUAGUAACCAGAGAGAUUCGUACACCAGUAGGUACGAUGGAGGAGCACGUGACUCGUACAUUCCAGUAGGUAAGUCCAGAGAGUAUGGCGAACACAGUCAAAUUCAAGGAACCAAGCGUCCCUACUCCUCUUCCUUCGAGGAAAGGCCUAAGUUUGUCCCGCUGCAGCCAAGGGGGAUGUUUAUGUCCCGCAGACAGAGACCGGAUCAGAAGCGAAGGAGACCUGACGGAGGGAACGACGAGAAGAGAUGA